ACUUUGGUCAUCCAGUAAUUUAUUUUUUAAAACCAUCUUAAAAAUGCCUUGGCUACCAUCUGAUCAUGCUUAUACUAAACACUGGUCUGAAAGCUACCUCACUGAAAACAGUCAUGUGCUGCCUUUAAAAGAAGUUUUAAACUCUGAAGAUAUAUUUGACAGUUACUCCAAAAGUAGUUCCUCAGAGGAAGAGAUUUCAGAUGAUGAGAUUGAUGUUGAAACUGUGUCCGAUCCUCCAGCUGUUAUCGGAUCAUCCUCGUGGCAUUGUGCGGAGCAGAAAGCGAGGAUGCAAAUGAACGAAUGUGAGCGUCAUGUCACCGGUAUGAGUAAAGGGAAUCCUCUUCUUUUCACAGACGAGAGAGAAUCGGUGUGGGAGGAAAACAUUAACAAAUCGUCAUGGGGUGUACUAGAGACAAAAAUAUUUAACAAAGUUGUAAAAAUUUUGCAAAGUGAGAAGCUGUCCAGACUAGCAUAUAAAGGGAUGCCCAAAGAGAUUGUUUUACGUCGUUUAUCAGUUGAUAAAUCAGCCUCGUGUUUGAGGGAAGCGCUCGCUGACAUCGGGUGGCCGAUUAAAAUAACGCAGUGGUUGCAUCUGCUGCUUAUUGAAAACUUACCAAUGACUUUGCUCUCUUAUUAUCUCGAUAUUAUGCAAACAUUAAGAUCUAAGGUUCCUAGUUUAAUUGAACGAAUGAUUAUGCCGUCACGUGAUACAGGCUCUGCUGCCACCGAAAGGUUAGGAAUCCUAUUAAAGCGACCUUGGGAUCCAGCAGUUACUGCUGUUGUUUCUGAUAUGAAACAGAAACUGAAUCAGCCGGUAUUAUUCAUUGUUGUGCAAUGUACCGUGUCACAAUCAACCUUACCUGUGACAUCACGAAGACUUCGCUUUUGGAAUUCACUCCUUAGUCAGAUUGGAAAGGUAGUACAAGUGGGAGCAACAAUGGACGACAAUGAUGGGAACACAGAUAAAGCAUCGUGGACCGUUCAAGAACUUGCAGAAACCACUUUACGUAACGUGUGCAACCGUGUUCGAGAGCUUAGUGUACGAAACGCAAACAGAAAAGUUGUUCUUAUAGGAUGGCACACAGCUAGUUUAAUCAACUGUCAUGUUGCGCUCACAGAACAUGUAUCAGCUGUUGUGUGUCUUGGUUUUCCUCUGUAUAAUAUGUUCGGCCAGCGUGGGUCAGUGGAUGAUGUAUUGUGUGAGAUGAAGAGGCCAACGCUCUUUAUCAUUGGAGACAAAUCUUCCUCCUGCAGGAUCAAUGAUCUUGAAGAUCGGAGGUUGAAGUCCUUCACGAAUGCUGUGACGCAGUCCGUGCUGAUUCAUGGAGCUGAUGAUUGGUUGCGCAUCACUGAGAAGAUGAAACUACAGAAUGUUGUCACUCAGUCCAUGGUGGACAGGUUGAUAUUGGAAGGUAUAUGUGAGUUUCUGCUCACCAUAUAUUCCCCUGCUGGUGAAGCAUUAGAAAAGGCCUCUGCUGGAACCAACAAUUCGAAAUACUUUGCCGAGGUAGCAGAACUUGAAAGAAAACAUGGCACCACGAAUUCUCCUGGCUCGUCUCAACUUAAUCAGUUCCUAUCUAACCAGAAACACUCAGAAGAAGGCAAACGGCAGUCAUCGAAAAUACAAGGUCUAUCAUUUAAUCUACAAACUGGUUCCAUCAGUGGCUUGACCUCUGUUCCUGGUACUGACGUCAAUCGUUCAGACGCGGGGUCACGGUUCAGAGGUCAUGGUUCAUCUUCAAGGUCAAAAUCGCCAGCCAUGUCUAGUGAACAAUCAUCACGAAGUAUUACAAUUGAUCUGACAAAGGAUCCAAACAGCCAGUUGUCAUCCGCAUUAUCCAAACGAAAAUCGCAGUUUCUUUCGCCAACUGAAAGUCAGACCGAAGCAGCGGUUGCCGCCAUCUUGGGAAGUCCGCCCGAGUCGAAGAUUAAUUCGACGCCGCCACAAGCUUCUAUUUCCGCAGCAUCGCCUGGUUUGAAGAAAAGAAUGCCUCACACAACAGUGCUGCCAACGUCUUCAAGCUUCGGACGAUAUUCCUCUAGCGGCGCUGGAGCACCCAACGCAACUCAUGUCGACUCCGCAACUCCGUCGUUUUCAUUAACUCUGGGUGGCAGCAUCGGGAAGCUAUCAACGCAAUCAAUGAAACCGAAACCGGAAGCCACUUCAUCCACGGGAACUCCUGGCUCCUUCAUCGAACGUUACCAAUCAUUUGUCGCAUCCAGGAGCAGAAGGGAGGAUAGGGAGACGCUCCAAGCAACAUCCAUCCUGGAGCAACUCACUAGCUCCUUGGAUGCAGGGAAGGAGCCAACAUCAAGGUCCGCAUCACCGGAAGAUUUAUCAGGUAGUCUCAUGUCGCAGUUGGACUCUAGUCGACGUCAUAGUUUCGACAAUGUUACGCCACGGGGCUCGCAGCCUUACCGACCACGUGGGUCGCGAGUACGCACUCGGGGGAGUUCCCGGCCACCCAGGGGUUCAAGUUACCCCAAGAAAAUGGUAGUGGGGCAAAGUGGGUCAGGGGGUAUGUCAAGUGAAGCCCAACCCGGAGAUGCGAAAAACAACGUUGUUAGGUAUGUCCUCUCCUCCGGAGGUCUUACUGCCGCUCAAUCCAGGAGCGACAACCGUCACAUGACAUUUAUGCAAAACAAGAAAUCUUUCCAAGUCUCCCCUCAACCCCGAAACCUUACUGUGACGUCACAAUCCAAAUUUACACCUCACAAGAGCAUGAUGCCGACUGCAACAUCCGCACUUAAAAGAGCAUCUUCUACUCCUCUGGUGGACCUAGUGUUAGGAUCAGCAACCGCAUCCGAUAGUUCUUCUUCCACGAAACGUCCAACCUUGCCCGGGCAAAUCCAGAAAUCUUUACAGCCUGCCGUCGGCUCCCGAACCCUUUCUCCAGCAUCCGGAGUCGGCUCUUCUCAGCGAUCCUCAGUAAAACUUGCUCCCAAGCUCUUCGACCUCUUCCCGGGUAAUGUCUCUCAGAAGAGCCAGCCAACCCCCGGAAGAUCUGUGGUUUACCUUCGUGAUAAGAGCAUGGGAGGAACACGCAACCUGGAAGCAAAGUUAAUUAAAGUUAUUAAAAACCAAAAGAAACCGAUGAUGUCUCCUGGGCCGAGCAAAUCGAUCACUAAAGUACAAAUGACUCCAGGAAAGGCUGGUGAACGCCACAUGCUAAGUAUAACACGACCCCGACCGACUGUCGCUCUUCAAAAUGCCGAAAAAUCGGUACAAAUUUCAACAGUGGCACCAACGCCAGCCAAUCCUGUUUCCACGCAAGGUGAAAUCGUAAACAAGUCGUUAGACUCGUAAGUGUCAGCAUGUAUCUUUAAAUGCUGCUAUGUUUCCCACACUGCCACAAUACAAAACUUAAAAUGUAA